UGUUGUCUGCAUACACUCACGUCUGGGUCAUAAAAACACUGCUUCUUAAGACAUUCACCACAUGAGUUGUGUGAGGAAAAUACUUUCAAAAUGGCGAACGUCCAGAGACUUGGUACAUCUGACUAUGUUGUUCUUGGCUCCGUGCUGUCAAUCUCGCUUGGAAUUGGUGUAUUUUUCGCUAUCCGUGGUAACAACACUAAAGCUGGAUAUUUCCAGGGAAAUAGACGAAUGGGGAUGUUUUCUGUGGCUGUUUCAAUGUUUGUGACUCUGCAGUCGGCUAUCAGCCUGCUAGGGGUGCCUGCCGAUGUGUACACGUAUGGGACAAUGAUACUUUACUUGUACAUCGGUGUUGCCCUCACCUACGUAUCUGGUCUGUUCACAAGCCUUCCACUACUGUACCCUCUCAGGAUCACAAGUGUCUAUGAGUAUCUUGGAAUGAGGUUCGAUUCAAAUGCUGUGCGACUUCUGGGCACUUGUAUUGGGAUGUUACAAACGUUAAUCUACAUGGCGAUUGCUUUGCUUUCCCCUGGUCUGGCACUUCAGGCAGUGGCAGGGCUACCGCUGUGGUUAUCCAUUGUGAUUGUGGGCAUUGUUGGAACCAUCUACACAUCCAUAGGAGGCAUAAAGAGUGUGGUGUGGACAGACGUGUUCCAGUCCAUGAUCAUGCUUGGAGGGAUGCUGACUGCCAUCGUUCUGGGAAUAAUGAAGGCUGGAGGUGUGACGAAGGUAGCAAGAGUCGCACUGGACGAAGGGAGACUGCAAUUUGAUGAAACAGAUCCUGAUCCGAGGGUACGGCAUACAGUAUGGGGACUUGUGGUUGGUGGUUUUUGUAACUGGUAUGUCAGCCUCUUCAGUCAGUCAAUGGUGCAAAGAAUUUCUGCGAUCGGAACACCGAAAGGAGCCAAAAUAGCCUAUCUCCUGAACAUCCCGAUGGUGAUUGUGUAUGGGUUGUUGCUUACCACGACAGGAUUGGCUCUCUUUGGUUUCUUCCACGAACUUGGAUGUGAUCCCCACGAGGCGGGAUACGUGUCUAAUAGGAACCAGUUGAUGCCUUACUUCAUGAUGAACCUGUUGUCAUCAUACCCAGGAGUGACUGGUCUUUACAUGUCCACCCUGUUUAGUGGGGCGCUCAGCACGCUGUCCUCCGGAAUCAACGGUUUAGCUGCCAACACUGUUGAGGAUAUUCUUCGACCGUGCCUUCAAAGGAACAGAACUUCUGAUCGCGUUGUGACAAAAAUAGCCAAAGUGUUAGUGUUUGUGUAUGGCUUACUGGCGAUUGGCCUGGCUUAUGCUGCCGACUCAAUGAAAGGCCCUGUGUCACAGUCUUCCCUAGCAGCCUUUGGUGCUACCGGGGGUCCUCUUCUUGGAAUGUUUCUCUUAGGAGCUUUGAUUCCAUGGACCAACAGAAUGGGAGCUUUGUGUGGUGGCGUUAUUGCCCUGGUGCUCAAUAUGUGUCUCAGCGUUACUGCACAACUGUAUGGACACCAAGCCCCUACACUACAUCCGGCGCCAUCUUACGCAUGCGCAAAUAACAGUGCAAUGGAUAACGGAACACUAUUUCCCAUGUACACUAAUGGCAGCACCGACCAUGAAGUAACUUCCAUGGCACCUCCACAAAGUAAAACAGCCCCAACGUUUCACAUCUACGAUCUCUCCUACUGUUGGUACGGGGCCACAGGCAUGGUGAUUGCUGUCGUUGUUGGGGUUGGGGUUUCGUUAAUAACAGGUCGCCGGGACCCUGAAACACUUGACCCACAGUUGGUAUUUCCUUUCGUAAGAAAACUGUGUAACCUGAAGUCACGAAGUGCGACUGUUGACGCCGAGAAUUAUAAGGAAGUUUCGAUGGAAGGCGCAUCGUGUGAAGUGGAAAAGGAUGAUGCAUGCAAGACUCGACAGCAUGUCCCCUCCAUCGAGACUCGCUUUUAAGUUACUUUUGUUUGUUGUUUAACUGCAUACAAUAUUGUCGUAAGAGGCGACUGAUGGGAUCGGGUGGUCAGACUCGCUAACUUUGUUGAUGCAUGUCAUCGUAUCCCAAUUGCGUGGAU